CUAAAGCCACAAUUUCUCUCAAUCAAAUACUCAAAAACCCUAAUCUGAGAGCCGUCGCCGUUUCCCACAUCCGCCCAAGUCAUCGCCCUCAUCCAUCGAAGUAACCGUUAUGCGCCAGAAAUGAACCACCAUCCAGUCUCCAACCUUGCACCAUUCAUCGUAUCUGACCGCUAUCUCCAUCAUCACUCUUCCAUCGCACCGCUUUUCUUGCAAGGAACCCUCACCAUGAUCUAUAUCCAAAUCUCUCUACCCCGACUCAUUCUCCAACCCUGCCACUACUCAUCGUCAUCGACACUACCAUCGUUGUUGCUCCCAUCUCCGCUAGCAACCGGUGGCUAAGCAUUAUGCUCCUCUGCUAUGCUCUUCAGUAAAAAAAGAUUGUUUAAAGAAGUGCAGUGGAUGAAAGGCCCUUCAUAUCUGAUUAGAUUAAUUUUGUUGUGCUAUUUUGAAGAAGGAAUUCUACGAUGUCGUCAUAAGCAUCCAUGGAAGACACCACAACAUUCACAACUGUCUUCUCCCUGAAACGCUUGAUGGAUGGACAAUCGAAGACCACCACUGGUCACACUUACCACCACAAAUCCGCCAGCCACCACCGUUUGUGCUGCUGUCACCAAACAUUUAAGGUAGAUUUGGAACAAAACCCCAAGUUUGAACUGAACUUACAACCAAGGGACAUAGAAAAGUUGCUGCUAACAAGCUUUACAGUCAGAAGUUUGCUUUUUGAAAGAAAAUUUGGGAAAUAUGCUAAUGGUCAUGUUGCACCUGUUGAUUCUGGUCCAGAAAAGUGAGAAAGUUGGAAUAAACGAACCAAAUUAUUAAGCUAGCUCCAAAUUAUCCUGCCUGAUCAAAUUUCACAGAAGAUGCAGUUACCUUUAAUUCGGUCCUCUUUGCUAUUACAACCAUUUCCGUUCAAUGAAACCACUUCAAGUGUGGAUAGAUGGGGAAAAACUUUAGGAAAUCUUAUUACUAUUUAUGGCAUCUCUAAUAUCAGUUCUGACUGAUGAGCUUAUACUAUCUUUUGUAUAUCUGGGACAUAGAUGGAAAAUUUUAAUUAAAGUUGCUAAUUUUAUGUUGUUUGCA